AUGACACCAGGAGUGAUGGGAGUGUGGCUGCCUUCAGCUCUGCUUCUCUUGCAGGUCCCAGGCUGUGUCCCUCUGCAUGGCCCCAGCAAGGUGAUAGGCACUGUGGGGGAGUCCCUGAGUGUGCAGUGUCAGUACGAGGAGGAACACAAGAAUAAUGAGAAAUACUGGUGCAGAGUGUCACUGCUACCAUGUAAAGAGAUUGUCAGGACCAGAGCCUCAAAAGAAGCUGGGAAAGGCCGAGUGUCCAUCAGGGACCAUCCAGCCAACCUCACCUUCACAGUGACCUUGGAGAAACUCACCCUGGAGGAUGCAGGCACCUACAAGUGUGGGGUGGACAUGCCACAUAUUGAUGACUCCUUAGGGAUCUAUCCGUUCUUGGGGAUUGAUGAUGAUUCCCUCAAGGUUGUGGUGUCCGUGGUUCCAGGCUCUAGCCCCGAGAACAGAGCAAAUACCCUGGGGUCCCCCACAUCCUCACCAGUGCAUACUCAGCCCAGCGUGACCACAGAGGACACAACUCCUGGUCCCAGCCUACAACCCCGGUCCCUGCUGAGCAGCAUCUACUUCAAGCUCCUGGUCUUUCUGGAGGUGCUCCUGCUCCUGGGCAUGCUCAGUGCAGUCCUUUGGGUGAACAGGCCUCAGAGGUGCUCUGGGGGAGGUGAAGUUGGCCUGGUGAAGGCCCAGAGUUCUGAUGCCCAGUAAAGAUAGAAACACCUUCCAAAAGACACAACAUACUAUCUCUCUCCCUGGUGUGGUGUCGUGUGUGUGUGUGUGUGUGUGUGUGUGUGUGUGUGUAUGUGUGUGUGUGUGUUUUUAAACAUUGUUGGUGCAUAUGUGUAUGUGGAGGACAAAUUUAGGUGUCAUUGUACUGUUGUCUGAGACAGGAUUUCUCAUUGCCCUGGACCUUUGCUAAGUAGACAAGGCUAGCUAGUGGGGAACUCCAGGGACCUACCUGAAUCUACCUCCUAUCUGGGAAUUACAGCACACAAAACUGCCCCAGCUUUACAACACACACACACACACACACACACACACACACACACACACACACACACACUCACAC